UUUUUCCUUUUUUUUCUUUCUCUCUCUUCAUCCUCACAUCUACACUCUGCCACUUCAGUCCUUCAACUGCCAUUCUUCUGCCUUGUCUUGCCCUCGCAUCAUCCUAAGUGCACUCACCCUCCACUCACGCUCUACACACCCACACCUUCACCAGCUCUUUGACUACAAUCCCCUUUCCCUACUGCUGCUCCCUUUCAUUUCAAUUCCCCAUACUUUCCAGCCAUCCUGACGACCCGUGACGGACGGCUGGUCAAACUUCCUCACGCUCUUUCUCCCUCUCUCCCUCUUCACCUGUUUGAUUGAAGAGUGUAUCAUUACCAUUGUCAUUCCAAUGAACACGAUCCAUCCUUCUGUCCAACGAGUCCAUUCCUCCAUGUCCAAUCUAAAGGACGCAGUCACCUCUGCUGCUGCUGCAGCUUCAGAAAAGAUCAGUACGCGUCCCGCCAACUUUACUGUGCGCCACGACCCUAAGCACCGCCGGGACAGUCGCCCUCACACUCUGUCCACGUACUCUGAGGACCCCUCUGAGAUCCUUGGAUCCGGAAGGCAGGUCUCCAGCAACCACCCCCACAAUAACGAUGCUGGUCAUCGCACUAAAGUAUCCCCUGCAAAGCGGAAACAGGACACAAUGAUGAAUAACCAAAAGGCAUCGAAACCAAAACGGCUAAAGGAGCAUGACGACAAGGGGCCAGGGCCAUCAUCGCUCAAAAAGACCAGUAGUGGACCCAAACGGAAUGGCGUAUCUUCAGGACCGUCCUCCAAUCCAGCGCAGCAGAAACGCUGUGGUUAUUGCGGCUGCACCACAACGCCCAUGUGGCGACGCGGUCCCGAUGGCCCAAGCACGCUCUGCAAUGCCUGUGGUGUUAAAUGGAAGCACGGAAAAAUAUUACAGGAUCCCAACACCAACAACAAUGAUGGCAACCAUCAGCAGCAAACCCUCAAAUCUGGUGCAGCCUCAUCGACCUCAACCUCAUCCACAUCACCGCCGGGUUCUUUGGCUUCUGUCACUCCCCCAAUCAACUCUAAACCAAGUAAAGAACGCUCUGGGAAUGGACAUGCGCGGCAUGGAGACGAGAAAAAGUGGCACAGCAGCAAGGUGUCGGCCAAGAAAGCGUCACAUGGGACAUUGCGAGGCGACUUUGAGGCCAGGUCAGGCGAAAAGUCUAGUUCAGCCGAGAGCAAGGAUGGAUCAAGAGCCCUCGAAACAGAGCGAAUUGUCCCUGUCAAAAAGAGGCAUUCAGGCAAAGUCGUGCCCGUAAGUCCUCCAGGUCCACGGAUGGUACCGAUCCAUGAGCUGGGAGACCCUACCAGGACACCAUUCAAAUUCACCCCAGCAAAAACAAGUCCUAGCAGAAAGCACGGUUUUAAUGAUGGCGAGGCACAAUUGAAUGGACGGACGAAGCAUAUGAAGAGCGAAUAUAUUUUCCAGGACCACUCUGGUGGCACAUCCUCGUCUUCCGGUAGCACUACAUCAGCACAGUCUGACAUUCAGGACGCUCAAGGUGCUCACGAUGAGGAGGAUGCUCAGGAUGAGGAGGAUGCCCCGCUUGACGUCGAAGGCGGUAUCGAACCACAAGCUGGCGGUGAUCACGUCUCAUUAUACGCAGCCAAAAACUUAUACACCAAUAAUACGGCGACAUUUCCUUUGCACUUCCCAACCAUCUCGAUUGCAUUUGGACCCAAUAAUGCCUAUUACACCUACCCGAAUUGCGCCGUAGUCCUGUUCGAGAACCACUUCCGAAUUAAGCUGGUUCAAGGAGGUGAAAAGACCGAGAUUGAUGUAUGGAAGGAAGGGAUUGAGGGAACAGAGUUCCAGGCCGUUGAUGUCGGCGAUGGAGAGAGCAUGAUCGUCAUGAAAGCCCUCCUGCGACAAUACCUAACCCGAUUCGACAAGGAACUGCUGAAUCCAGACAGGAACGAAAGUUUGAUCGUCUUUCGGUUCCGUGAACGACUUGAUGGUGGUGGACCGUCCGUCAAGCCAUUGCUCGAACACUGGCUCGCGACAGAUAUCCCCGUUCCACCACCCCCUUCCAAUGACUCUUUGGAAGCAUGAUAAUGUC